UCUAGAAGGUGCACCACAUUGGUUUGGUGCCGAAGUAAAUAUGAAGUCGAAGGUUGUCUCAUUUAUGGACUCCCUACACACCGCAAUGAAUGAGAAGUAUCGUGUGGAGGCUACGAAAGAAAUGUUGUCGACGUUGGACCUUUUGUUUGAGGAGAAUAGGUCGAAGAAUGUGACUUUCGUGGAUUUCAGAAUUGACAGGAAAGAUCGCGGGCUUCCUCAACAAGACAAUGACCGAGAUUGCGGAGUAUACGUCAUGAAGUACAUGGACGCUGUGGCCAAUGAGGAAGAAGUAGUUGAUGAGUUUCACCCGGUUGAGGCACGUUUGGAAAUCGCUGCGAGGAUCAUAACUGAUGAACAAAAUGAAAUUCGUACCAAAGUGGUUGAAGAUCGUAGGGCUGCACAAGGCAGCUCAUUUGCAUCGUCCUCGGCCCCUUUGCGUAGUCCGUCAAAGUCUCCACGCGAUCCUCGGUUCAGUACAGCGAAGUCUCGCAAUGCAAACAUGUUUCCCCCGUCAAGAGCCUCCCCAGGCUUCGGUCUACCAAGACUAAGAUUUCAUAUGGUGAAUAGUGUGUGA